CUUUUUCAGUCCGGGUUUAAGUUUACCAGAAGCCAGUCAGCUUUCCUCCCAUCCUACUGAGCUGAUGGCCAGCUAGGCCCUGUUCAUAAGUUCACCACAUUCAACCCUGUGGGGAAGGCGAACCCUAGAGAAAGGGAGAUAGGCUUCCUUUAGUCAUUUUCUUCUUAAGGACACAUCAGCGUUUAUUUUUCGAAUAACAGUAUUCUGGGCAGUUAUGCCUCGGGCUCCCAACAGAUAACGAUUCUUGUUCCCUUGCCGCUUUUCAACAGAUUUGCGUGCACCUUCCCGUUUCGGUUUGGGUGUUUUGGGCUGGAUCUCCAGUUCGUCUAUAUGGAAAUGAGGUGGGUGGCACCGUCCUCCCCCGAGUGCUCCCGUCAGUGAAGGUGUUCCGCACAAACCAUUUGGUUUCCUCCCCAGCGUCUCCGCCCAAGUAGGGCUUCGGUGCCAGAUGCCCUUUUCCAAACACGGUUGGGUCACUUUCCGGGCCUUAGGGUGGAAGCUAGUCAGUUACGCUUCGAGCGGACCCGGGGCAGCGAGAUAAGAACAGCACUCAGGCUUCACGUUGGGAGCUUUCGCACCGUUUCCAGCGGCUUCCAGCCAUUUAAAUCCCGAAAGCUCGCUAAUCCUCGCGGAGGCGGCCUUUCGGGCUCCCAGGACCCACCCCUUCCUCCUGAUUGGCGGGGCUCCUCCGGGGCCCAAGCCAGCCGCCUACGACGGCUCGGAGCCCCGAUUUGAAAUAAGAGCCAGGCGGUCCUUGCUGCCCUGAGCCCGACUUUUCAUAGGCUGGGGAAGGAAAGCUUGAGAAACUUGACAUUGUCUUGGGCAGAGUGCGUGUAGCAACAGAUCAAAGAAAAAGGAAGAAAACGUGCUCUUUGCUGCCUGUGGGUCUCCCUGAGUUGCUUUUGUCUUGCGGGCUUCUGUUGGGUUUGGUGUUUCCCCUCCGAAGACCGCGGCGUGGGCUUCGAGGCAGCUCGCUCCCUGCCGGAUGGGUCAUGGAAUUCUAAACAUGAGGCAGAUAGCUGAUCAGCUUCCUUGGAUUUUGCUGAUGACCCAGGAGAGCUUUGCCUGAAGAUGGAAACACUGGAGUCGGAGCUGACCUGCCCUAUUUGUUUGGAGCUCUUUGAGGACCCUCUCCUGCUGCCCUGCGCACACAGCCUCUGCUUCAACUGUGCCCACCGCAUCCUGGUGUCGCACUGUGCCACCAACGAGUCCGUGGAGUCCAUCACCGCCUUCCAGUGCCCCACCUGCCGACAUGUCAUCACGCUCAGCCAGCGCGGUCUAGACGGACUCAAACGCAACGUCACCCUGCAGAACAUCAUCGACAGGUUCCAGAAAGCGUCCGUGAGCGGGCCCAAUUCCCCCAGCGAGACCCGCCGGGAGCGGGCGUUCGACGCCAACACCAUGACCUCCGCCGAGAAAGUCCUCUGCCAGUUCUGUGACCAGGAUCCUGCCCAGGACGCUGUGAAGACCUGUGUCACUUGCGAAGUGUCCUACUGUGAUGAGUGCCUGAAAGCCACUCACCCAAACAAGAAGCCCUUUACAGGGCAUCGUCUGAUUGAGCCAAUUCCGGACUCGCACAUCCGGGGGCUGAUGUGCCUGGAGCACGAGGAUGAGAAGGUGAAUAUGUACUGUGUGACCGAUGACCAGUUAAUCUGUGCCUUGUGUAAACUGGUUGGGCGGCACCGAGAUCAUCAGGUGGCAGCUUUGAGUGAACGCUAUGACAAGUUGAAGCAAAACUUAGAGAGUAACCUCACCAACCUUAUUAAGAGGAACACGGAACUGGAGACCCUCUUGGCUAAACUCAUCCAAACCUGCCAGCACGUGGAGGUCAAUGCAUCACGUCAAGAAGCCAAAUUGAUGGAAGAGUGUGAUCUUCUCAUUGAGAUCAUUCAACAAAGACGACAAAUUAUUGGAACCAAGAUCAAAGAAGGGAAGGUGAUGAGGCUCCGCAAACUGGCUCAGCAGAUUGCAAACUGCAAGCAGUGCAUUGAGCGGUCGGCAUCACUUAUCUCCCAAGCGGAACACUCUCUGAAGGAGAACGAUCAUGCGCGCUUCCUACAGACGGCGAAGAAUAUCACUGAGAGAGUCUCCAUGGCAACUGCAUCAUCCCAGGUCCUAAUUCCUGAAAUCAACCUCAAUGACACCUUUGACACCUUUGCCUUAGAUUUUUCCCGAGAGAAGAAGUUGCUAGAAUGUCUGGAUUACCUUACAGCUCCCAACCCUCCCACAAUUAGAGAAGAGCUCUGCACAGCUUCCUACGACACCAUCACCGUUCACUGGACGUCCGAUGAUGAAUUCAGUGUGGUCUCCUAUGAGCUCCAAUACACCAUAUUCACCGGACAAGCCAAUGUCGUUAGUCUGUGUAACUCUGCCGACAGCUGGAUGAUCGUGCCCAACAUCAAGCAGAACCACUACACCGUUCACGGUCUGCAGAGCGGCACCAAGUACAUCUUCAUCGUCAAGGCCAUCAACCAGGCGGGCAGCCGCAGCAGCGAGCCUGGGAAGUUGAAGACAAACAGCCAACCAUUUAAACUGGACCCCAAAUCUGCACAUCGGAAGCUGAAGGUGUCCCACGAUAACUUGACAGUAGAACGUGAUGAGUCAUCAUCCAAAAAGAGUCACACGCCUGAACGCUUCACCAGCCAAGGGAGCUAUGGUGUCGCUGGAAACGUGUUCAUUGAUAGCGGUCGGCAUUACUGGGAGGUGGUCAUAAGUGGAAGCACAUGGUAUGCCAUCGGCCUUGCUUACAAAUCGGCCCCAAAGCACGAGUGGAUCGGCAAGAACUCUGCUUCCUGGGCGCUGUGUCGCUGUCACAAUAACUGGGUGGUGAGACACAACAGCAAGGAAACCCCCAUCGAGCCAGCCCCCCAUCUCCGGCGCGUCGGCAUCCUGCUGGACUAUGAUAACGGUUCCAUCGCUUUCUACGAUGCUUUGAACUCCAUCCACCUCUACACCUUCGACAUCACAUUCUCGCAGCCUGUGUGCCCCACCUUCACGCUGUGGAACAAGUGUUUGACCAUUAUAACUGGCCUUCCGAUCCCAGACCAUCUGGACUGCACAGAGCAGCUGCCGUGAGCACUGGGCCAUGUGGAGCUGAUUUCUGGGGGAUUAAAAAGGGCCGUGGCCACCCUUUCAGGGACCGAGAAAGCACAGGCUUCCAGAGUGUGACUAAAUCUCGCCAAAAAGUGUCCAGAAAUCGGCUAGGAUAGGACUCAAAAUAGGCGAUUCUCCCCCUUUGCUGUCUUUUGUAUUAAGUACACGCUUUAAUAAUUUCUUCAAUUUUUUUUUGUAUCUACAGGAAAAAUUAUAGAUUAUUUAUAAAAGAAACAUAACCGGAAUUCCAACUCUUAGAAAGUAUUUGGUUUUGCACAUUAAGAGGCCCAGAAGCAGACGGGCUCUUCACAACAGCCUUCGUCUCGUCACGCUCUGUGGGCUGGAGGAAAAACUCUUGUAGUUUUGUGCGCUUAUCCACCUUCUCACAUCCUCAUAUCUCAUACCGAUCCCCUUGUAGGUCCUGUCGCCCUGACAGUGCAUAACAGAAUAUGCAAGUAUCUUAAAAAUAAAACAUAGCUUUGAACCUAGUAGGGCAGUAAACGGGCUUUCUUACUGUGGUUUAUUUCGAAGUGUUUUAACUGUGAUGUCAAAAACUUACUGGCUCAACCGGAACAGAGAGCAAAAGAGAGAAUUGAAUGAAUUGACUCUGGAGCUUGGACUCCACCAUGGCCCAGUCUUUAAUCACCCUCCAAUGGCUGGUGGGGUAAUGUUGGAAAGAAAGGUUGUGAAGCCUUUGGCCAUGUGUGACCUUACCUUUCCCAGGAUUCAGGAUUCUGGGAGAACAUUAAGAAUUGAGAUUGCAAUUGAGAAUAGUCUCUUUGAAUCCUACUGAUUUUUCAAAACGUCUGAGGCUGAUUUGUCUUUGAUCAGAAGUAGGGUUCGCUUUCAUGACAUAAGUCUAUUUCGUUCUUCCUUUUAGUAGUGUCUUUAGGCCUGUGACAUUGCUUUACUACAUUUAAUAGCUGUCCUAUCUCCCUCUCCCCCAAAUCAUUUUUCUUCCCUUGCUGGGGCUGAGGGAAUACACAUUUUCUGUUACAAAUGGCAGCACCACUUUGGAUUGACUUUGCUCUCCAGGACAUCAGCACAUGGCCCUGACUGUCUCUACCACGUCCAAAUAUAACUCACCCGAAAAACACUUAAUAUUUAUGAGUUGGUAAUGACAAGGGACG